AAAAUUUGUUGCAACUUCAUUCCGAUUAUUGUUUUCUAGAAUUUGUCGGGGUGUUGUUGUCGUAGUCUGGUAACCGCGAAAAUUUUUUUGAUUUCUUCACUGAUUAACUUGGAAACAAGAUGGCCGAAGAUUUUGAUGUCGAAGCUAUGUUAGAAGCCCCAUAUAAAAAGGAUGACGAAAACAAUGGCAAAAUUAAGGAGAAUGGAUUCAAUGGAAAAAGAAGAUCUUCUGACAAGCACCGUAGCAGGAGCAGGAGUCGUCGUCGUAGCAUCAGCAAAUCGCGUAAAAGUCGGAGUAGAAGUCGAAGAAGGAGUGUUAGUAAGGGCAGGAAAAGUCGUAGUCGUUCCAGGGACAGGAAAGAUAAACGGAAGAGCCGCGAGAAAGACAGGAAGCAGAGAAGUAGGAGUCGUGAUCCAAAGAAGACAAGAGAUCGCAGAUCUAGGUCUCGAGACCGAAGACGAUCGAAAUCCAAAGACAAGCGUAGUAGAUCAAGGGACAAAAGUAAAAAAAGAAGGAGCAGGAGUCGUGAUCGUAGAAGUCGCAGUCGUGAUCGUAGGAGUCGUAGUCGUGGAGGACGUGCCGCGCCCUUCAAGGAAAUCCCUAGAAAGCGAUCGCCUUCUCCUGUACGACCUCCUUUCAAAAAGGCUGGUCGAUCACCGUUGGGUUUGGUAAGACGCAGCGCUUCACCCUUGGAAGAACUUAGUCCGGAAGAAAGGGACGCGAGGACUGUAUUCGUGAUGCAGCUUUCUCAGAGAGUUCGUGCCCGCGAUCUCGAAGAAUUUUUCAGUUCCGUUGGAAAAGUUCGUGACGUUCGUCUGAUCACUUGUAACAAAACGAGACGAUUUAAGGGCAUCGCUUACAUUGAGUUCAAAGACCCUGAAAGUGUGGCAUUGGCUUUGGGCCUUUCUGGCCAGAAACUUCUGGGCGUUCCGAUUAUAGUGCAGCACACUCAAGCUGAAAAGAACCGCAUGGGCAACUCGAUGCCCAAUCUUAUGCCUAAAACAAUGACGGGCCCUAUGCGUCUUUACGUUGGAUCAUUGCAUUUUAACAUAACUGAGGAUAUGCUGAGGGGUAUCUUUGAACCAUUUGGAAAAAUAGACAACAUACAGCUAAUUAUGGACCCAGAAACCGGACGUUCUAAAGGUUACGGUUUCAUAACGUUUCAUAAUUGCGAAGAUGCCAAAAAGGCGUUAGAACAGUUAAACGGAUUCGAAUUGGCUGGUCGGCCAAUGAAGGUGGGUAAUGUGACAGAGAGGUUGGAUCUACAAUCACAAGGACCAUCGAUACUUGACUCAGAUGAGUUAGAUCGGUCGGGAAUUGACUUGGGAGCAACAGGUCGGUUGCAGUUAAUGUUUAAAUUGGCUGAAGGCGCAGGUCUGCAGGUACCUGCGGCCGCUGCUAACGCCCUCAGCAUGGCCACAGGACAACCUGUGGUUCCCCAGGUACAAACGCAUUCCACCCCUCCGAUUGCAACGCAGUGUUUUAUGCUCAGUAACAUGUUUGACCCAAGCACAGAGUCGAAUCCAAAUUGGGACGUGGAGAUCCGUGACGACGUAAUCGAAGAGUGCAAUAAACACGGCGGUGUCCUCCACGUCUACGUGGACAAGGGCUCACCCCAGGGCAACGUGUACGUGAAAUGUCCGUCGAUAGCGACAGCCGUAGCCUCUGUCAAUUCCCUACAUGGUAGAUGGUUUGCCGGAAGAGUCAUUACCGCGGCCUACGUGCCCCUUCUUAAUUACCAUUCGUUAUUCCCUGACGCUAUGACCACAACGCAGCUUCUUCUACCCAGCGGCAAGAGACCGUAAGAGUUGGAAGCAUACAGGAAAUGAGAGUGAGAGAAAAAAUUUCAGAGAAAAAGAAAAACCUUCAACACAAUUGUUGUAUGUUGGUCAUGUAUGGGAAGUCUCACAAAGAGGAGAAAUGUAAGUAAUUCAAGGUCUUGGAAGUGUAAUAGUGGACCGUUUAGUUUUCUUUUUAUGUAUACGGUUGGGACUCGUAAAUAACUUUCCUUUAUUCAUGUUGAAUUUUGAUUGUAUAUGUAUUAUAUUUUUUCCUUUAUUUUUUUUAGUUUAUUAUAUAGUACACCUGUAAAUAAAGUCCUCGUUUAUGUAUUAGAAUGUAA